UCCUGGUAUUGAUAUGAAUCCCGACGUUGAUGACUGGAUAAACUCGCAUUGUUUAGACGCUGAUGUUUUUGUCCUCGUAUCUAAUGCUGAGUCGACAUUAAUGAAUGCCGAAAAGAAUUUCUUUCAUCGAGUUAGCGAAAGACUCUCCCGCCCGAAUAUAUUCAUUUUAAACAAUCGCUGGGACGUUUGUGUUGAAGAAGAACCCUCGAUGGUGGAAGAGGUCAAGCAGCAACAUUUGGAGAACGACAUCUCCUUCCUCUCAAACCAGCUCUCAGUCAUAGACCCUGACACUGCUAGGGAGAGAGUUUAUUUCGUUUCGGCUAAAGAAGUUGUAACGAUUAGAAACAGACAGAGAGAAAAUCAGAGCGACUUGGGCAGGGGACUUCACGAUGGCUACAAGGGACGUCUUCUUGAGUUUGAGAGAUUUGAGUUAAAGUUUAAAGAGUGCUUAUCAAAUUCGGCGAUUAAGACAAAAUUCGAGCAGCACCACUCACGAGGUCUAGAGAUUGUCCUCGAAUUGGAAGAACUUCUUAACUUUGAAAGCGAACAAGCAACUCAGAAAAAUUCUUUAAUACAAAGCGAAUUGCAGGAGAUUUGUUCUAAGCAGCAAAAUUUGAAUGAUAAAGGACAUCUUGUGUAUCAGAGAUCAAUACAGAAGACGCAGUCAAUGGCGGCUGAGUUGGAGUCAAGAGUUCAAGCAGCAAUGGAAGGAAUACUGGGACAUAUAGCUACUGUAGCUGAUGAAUAUAAGCCUCAAGAAGACUUCGACCACACAAAGACAGAGACAUUCAAGGCUGGACUCUACUCUCACAUUGACGAGUUGGUACAGAAGCAGCUGACCAGCCUCUGUCCAGCGACACUAGGUGACGUCCAUCGUACCACUUGUUCAACCAUCGUCUCGGACUAUCAGCAACUUUUAGGACUCACUCAAGAGCAAGUAGCUGAGUACCAGCUAGAGCCUCCUCUGGUCUCAAGAACCAUAUCUUGUAAGGAACUUUGUAAAGACUUUCGGGAGGACCUGGAGUUUCGUUUCUCACUUGGGAUAUUCUCAUUCAGUAGAUGGGUCAAUACCGGGAGUAUAAUGUUCACUGUUCAAAGACACGUUUCAAGAAUGUCCUCAAUAGUUCCAGCUGAACUGCUCCUCCCUGUGUCCCUCCUGGGAGGAGGAAUGAUUUUAUCCCGGCUUCUUAGUUGGAGAUUUGAUUCUGAGAUUAAUGCUCUUCGUACCAGCUAUCGUGACGUUCUCAUAACAGAUAUCAGGAGGUUACUGGAUAAAUUAAAUACAUCUGUGAACUCUGCCCAGUCUGAAUACGAAGCUACAAUCAGCAGACUGACAGAAGAAGAGAGAAAUUUAGGAGAACUUCAGGGAAAAUUGCACACUCUGAGGAACUCUGUCCAGCUAUUAAAGAGAGACCUGGAUGAUUUCAAAGAAGAGUAUCUUGACAGUGUAGACUAG